CUCCAUCUUCUUGACAUGAAAGUUAGGUGGACAUUGCAAAUAUUUUAUGCUCCAGGGCUUCCCAGACUGUCAUUAAGCUUGAAUAAUCUGAUUCCACAGAUAAAAAAUAAGUUUGUAAAUUACCCUGCCAAUAAUGUCAUCAUGAAGAAAGGACAAAACAAAAUGAGGAUUCGGGCUUUCCCAAUGACCAUGGAUGAGAAGUAUGUUGCGGAGAUAUGGAAUCUACUGAAGAAUGCCAUCCAAGAGAUCCAACGGAAAAAUAACAGUGGGCUCAGUUUUGAGGAAUUAUAUAGAAAUGCCUAUACUAUGGUGUUACAUAAACAUGGUGAAAGGUUAUAUUCUGGUGUUAAAAAGGUUGUCACUGAUCAUUUGGAACAGAAAGUUCGAGAUGAAGUUUUAGCAAACCUGACAAACAAUUUUCUGGAUAGUUUAAAUGUCGCUUGGAAUGAUCAUCAAGUUGCUAUGGUGAUGAUAAGAGACAUAUUAAUGUAUAUGGACCGUGCAUAUGUCGAACAACAUCAAGUAGAAACUGUAUAUGACUUAGGCUUGAUAUUGUUCAAAGAUCGGGUUGUGCGGCACUCUGUAAUUCAAGACUGUUUGCGUGUAACAUUACUUUCAAUGAUUGAAAAAGAAAGAAAAGGAGACAUUGUAAAUAGGUUGGCUAUAAAAAAUGCUUGUCAGAUGUUGAUGAGGCUUGGUACAGAGGGAAGGCAAGUUUAUGAAGAAGAUUUUGAAAGACAUUUCCUUCAAGUUUCGGCAGAAUUUUAUAAAUUGGAAAGUGAAAAGUUUCUUGCUGAAAACAGUGCAUCUGUAUAUAUUUGGAAAGUUGAGGCAAGAAUCAACGAAGAACGUGAAAGAGCACGCCACUGUUUAGAUUCCAGCUCAGAAAAUGCAAUUGUUCAAGUUGUUGAAGAUGAACUGAUUUCAAAGCAUAUGAAGACGAUUGUAGAGAUGGAGAAUUCUGGAGUUGUACAUAUGUUAAAAAAUAGCAAAUACGAAGAUCUUGGUUGUAUGUUUCGACUAUUUCAACGAGUAAAAGAUGGAGUCAAAUCAAUGUGUGAUGCAAUGAGUAUCUAUCUACGUGAACAAGGUCGAGCUAUAGUAAAAGAAGAUGAAGAAUCUGAGGGUAAAAACGCAAUCACCUUUAUACAGAAACUUCUAGAUUUAAAAGAUCGAUUUGACCAGUUUCUGGAUAAAUCUUUCAAUCAAAAUAUUCUUUUUAAACAAACAAUAUCUGGCGAUUUUGAAUAUUUUUUAAAUCUUAACUCGAAAUCACCCGAAUAUUUAUCACUAUUUAUUGAUGAGAAGUUGAAGAAAGGUUCCAAAGGGUUAUCAGAACAAGAAAUUGAAAGUGUUUUAGAUAAAAGUAUGGUCUUGUUUCGGUACCUCCAAGAAAAAGAUGUGUUUGAAAGGUAUUAUAAGCAACAUUUGGCUAAACGAUUACUAUUAAAUAAAAGUGUCUCUGAUGAUGCAGAAAAAAAUAUGAUCUCAAAAUUAAAGACAGAAUGCGGUUGUCAGUUCACCUUGAAGUUAGAAGGCAUGUUUAAAGACAUGUCACUAUCUAAUACAAUGAAUGAUGAUUUCCGAACGCAUAUUAACAACUCCAAUAUUGAUUUACAAGGUGUAGAUCUUACAGUGCGUGUUUUAACCACUGGUUAUUGGCCGACACAGGUUGUCAAUGUCACGUGUAACAUUCCUCCUGCUCCACGACAAGCAUUUGAAUGCUUUAAAAGAUUUUACCUUGCUUGUCAUAAUGGCAGACAGUUAACUAUUCAGCCUCAAAUGGGAGCUGCUGAUCUAAAUGCGGUUUUUUAUUCCAAAAAGGAUGGUGCGUCGAAAGUUCCGAAGAAACAUAUCAUAUCAGUUUCGACGUAUCAAAUGUGUAUUCUUAUUCUGUUUAAUAAAAAAGAAAAAAUUACAUACGAGGAAAUCAGUCAGGAAACAGAAAUACCUGAGAAGGAUUUACUUCGUGCACUGCAGUCUCUAGCCCUAGGAAAAGUAACUCAACGAAUCCUCCUAAAGGAGCCAAAAGUUCGAGAAAUCGAACCCUCGCAUACAUUCUGCGUCAACGAUCAGUUCACGUCGAAAUUAUUUCGUGUCAAAAUACAGACAGUAUCGUCAAAGGGUGAAUCUGAACCAGAGAGAAGAGAAACGCGUCAAAAAGUGGAUGAAGAUAGAAAACAUGAAAUUGAAGCUGCCGUUGUUCGAAUAAUGAAGGCGAGAAAAACUUUACAACAUAACGUGCUGGUAACCGAGGUUAUCGAGCAAUUAAAGUCUCGAUUUUUACCAAGUCCGUUGAUCAUCAAGAAAAGAAUCGAAAGUCUCAUUGAGAGAGAAUACUUGGCACGUUCUAACGAAGACAGGAAAGUUUAUACGUACUUGGCAUAACACGACCAUGAUGGGAUGCUUUUAUCGCGCAUCGAUUGUCGUUUCUUCGUGGAAUAACGUUGUUUGUUUUAUAAACUUCAGUGCGUACCAACACAGGAUAAUUCCCUUAUAAUCUUUCCAAGAAAGUAUUCCGUGGUGUCUUGUUCAGAGGGGGAUUUUUGUUAACAGCAUGUCAUUGUUUCUGUAUAAGGCGUACGGGCGCUUAUUUUGUUAGAUGUGGAUGGGAUGCUUAUUAGAUGGGGUGUCCGUAAAAGGGCGUUAUUAGAGAAAAUACGGUCUCAUUGAUGUGACUAACAUGCACUUCUGCUAAUUUUCAAUUUCUGUUCCAACUAAUUGAUAAAAAUUUCUUCUGGUAAAAGUUUUCAUCAUCAUCAAAGAAAUGUCUUGCGUUGUACAUCUAUCUUCCUAUGUUGUCUUAAAUUUAAAGAUGGCAGAUUUUUGUAGGCAUUCCAUCGUCUAGUUCUUUUUGAAAGUUUAUCGCAAAAAAUGUACAUGUGAAAUAGAAAAUAAAUUUUAACAAAAA